AUGGUGAGACUUUUCAAUCUACUUCUUGUGUGCGGUGCUCAGUUCCUGGCCGAAUUCCCCUCGACACAGGCUCAGGGACUGACAGGGCAGGGGUCUGGGGUUGCUGGUGCUCGCUUUGGCCAAGGCUCAGGCUCUCGAGGCGGGCUCGGUCGUGGCUGCUGUUGCGAAGAGCCAGAGCCAGAGCCUGAAACUCCUGUUGAGUGCAAUCCACAGUGUCCCUCUGCCCAUUCAAAGAUCUUUCAAUGCAAAGGCCGGGCUUUUAAGCAGUUCUGUGGCAUUCAUGUCGCUACCCCCACUCUGAGAGAGUUUGCCGUGUCUUCUUAUCAAGAAUGCUUCGACAGCUGUGUUCAAGACACUGAUUGUCAUGCUCUUGAUUUUGCGGACAACCACUGCUGGCUGAAAACGCAAGGCGUUGAUCCGCCCCCCAAAGUUAUGCCUAAGAAUCAGGAUAUAAGCAUCAUCUUUCUUUAA